AUUCUCCAUCACGCUGUGUUUCUGCAUCCUCUUUGUUGUUUAAAGCAGUUAUAGGUGAAAGAGGAGAGGAUGGGUUUUUCUAUCAGUCUUGUCUUGUCCGACGCGUUAACAAAGCGAUGCCUGCUGUGUCUCGGGUGGGGGGAAAGCGGUGGUCCUCGAGCGUUCCGAAUGUCAAUUGGAAGCUAUCGAGUUCCCCCUAGCGUUGCUGCGGGGAAGCGAGUGUGACGUCACCGGGCGGUGGUGGGACUUUGGUGGCGACUUGAAUGCCCUGUGGGUGGGCAACGUUUGACGCAGCAUUUCGGAAAAGGAGAAAUAGUGAGCUUGGGAUACAUGGGGGGCAAUUUGUAGAACCUUGAGAAGGAGUCGUUUACUUGUAUUGUCCCUCCGUUCGUUUUGCCAUCCCCGGAAAGAAAAUGCAGACAGUUGCGGAAUCAUUUUUGACAAAAGUCAUUCAGCAACCGUGAGCGGUAGUAUAUGAUAUGAUAUGAUAUGAUAUGCGUAUGCAAGUCAGUCCCACUCCCCCCCUCCCCCGUCCUCGUCAUCAUCAGCAGCAGCAUCAGCAGGCUGGCUGCGGCUGCGGCUGUCUCCUCUCACGACCCGUCCGCCUGCACCCACAAUCCCCCGCGCCACGACAAGAUGGAAGAAAGCAGCCGCUGCCGGAGAACGGCGUUUUGGCAAUAAAAUCCUCCAAAGCUGCGAAUACGGAGGCGCCGCGGGCACGUUCCGAGCCGUCUGCGGUCAUGUGUUGGGCCUUCUCCGGCAUCCCUCUUUAGAUCGAUCGGCCCGGCCCGCCCGCAGCAAAGCGACCACCAUGAGUAUUAUCCAAGACAAGAUCGGCAAUGAGUUUUUGCGCAACGGCGGCAUGGACCCCAACUUUGCGCCCGGCAUGCUCAUGUUCAGCCACCUGCCGCCCGUCACCAGCUUCACGCGGCUCACCUCGCAGUCGGUCAUGGGCGACCUCCCGCAGGAGAUGGUCCUCAAGAAGGAGCGCGACUCGCCCCCCGAGCACCAGAGCGCCGGUGCGGGGGGCUUCCUCCACAGCAUGGGCAUCAAGCAGGAGCGGCUCAGCGAGCUGGACUAUCGCAUGCCCCUCUAUGGCGGCGGCGUGCCGAUGAACUGCGCCGGCGCGGGGAAGAGCGGCGGCGACGUGCCGGACAUGUCUUACGGCAACCACCACCAGAAUCACCACAACAUGCUCCUGCACGACCUCGGCCAAAGCAACGUGCGCUCUCUCGGGGAAGCGAUGUCGGGGCGAGCGGCGAAAGAGCCAAAAGACGCCUCGGCCAAGAGAGGGAGGAGGACCAACGGCGACGGACAGGGCGGCAAAGCCCGGAGGAAACGCGGCGACGCCGCAAAGGCGGCGAUGUCGGACGCCGACGGGGCCUGCCUGUCCCCCAACUCCAAACCGCACAUCUGCGAGCACUGUAACGCCGCCUUCCGCAGCUCCUACCACUUGCGCAGACACGUGCUCAUACACACAGGUGAGAGGCCUUUCCGGUGCAGUCAGUGUAACAUGAGCUUCAUUCAGAAGUACCUGCUCCAGCGGCACGAGAAGAUCCACAGCGGAGAGAAGCCUUUCAGCUGCGACCAGUGCAACAUGCGUUUCAUCCAGAAGUACCACAUGGAGCGCCACAAGCGGACGCACAGCGGCGAGAAGCCGUACCGAUGCGAUACAUGCCAGCAAUUUUUCUCAAGAACCGACCGGUUACUGAAGCACAAGCGGACUUGCGGAGAAGCCAUAAAGAAGGGCCUGGACCCCAACAUGCUGGAGCUGGGCGACGGCGAGCUGGGCCAGGGCAGCUACUCACUCACUCAGGGAAACGCCAGCACCUCCGGCCGCAAGCGGGCCAGGGCCAAAAACGGAGAAGGCGGCGAGCGCAAGAGGAAGAAGAACGCGGCGGCGGCGGCGGCGCGCGACGUGAGCCUGCAGGACUACGGCAUGGAGCAGCCCUCGGGCUCGGCCCCCAAAUUGCUCUUCAAAAAAGCCGGCCGCAAGGCUUUGGAGAAGGGCCUCCUUUCUCUCCAAGACGGCGCCGACGGCCAAAAGCCCUCGGGCCAGAAAGCCAGCCCCCUGGAUCACGUGGAUGCUUCGGGGCUGGACAACAUGGCUCUGCUCCAGGGGGGCGGGGCCAACAAGCAGGGUCUGGGUCCCGGCGGCGGCGGCAGCAACUACGACGACGCUAUGCAGUUUGUGAAAAAGCGGCGAUACCUCCACGCCGUCAACAGCGACUACGGAGCGCUCCACAUGGCGUCGCAGGGGGGCGGCGUGAUCCAGGUUUCCCUGGGCCCCGAACCCACGCUGGCCAUGCUGGACGCGUCCCCCCUGGAACUCAAGCACGACAAGUCGGGCAUCCCAGACGAGGUUCUGCAAAGCCUGCUGGACCACUACAGCCACAAGCCGGACGGGGGGCACCAGCACCAGCAGCACCACGACGUGGCCUUCGACCUGUCGGACCACCCGCACCACGUGGACCUCCAGCCGGCGGCGCCCGUCACCCCCGAGCUGGAGGACGACGCGGGCGCCGGGGGCGAUAAAACGGCGGUGAUGAGCGAGUACUCCAAGUUUCUCCUGCAGGCCCUGGAGCGCACCAGCCACAGCGGGCCCUUCGCCGGCCUGGGCGCCGCGGGGCCCUUCCCGCUCCUGUGCAGCGGCUCCAGUCCCACGGGGCCGCUGUUCGCCGACAAGCACGUGUACGGUGCGUCGCCGCUGGACUGCGGCUACCCGGCCGCCGUCUCCUCGCCGCUGCCCGUCGUCGCGCCCUCGUCCGCCUCCUCCUCCUCCUCGUCCUCGGCCGCCGCCGCCUCGUCCAAGUCCCACUACGGCCUGCUGGUGGGCUCCCCCUCCCAGGCGGGCUUCCACCUCACGCUGGAGCCGGCCGGCCACCAGCAGCUCACGCCGUCUCAGGAGCUGACGGAGCAGCUGGAGAAGCAGCACUCGCCCGGCACCUUUGGCCUCCCUCCCCAGGAUCUGAGCGCCCAGGCGGAAGGCUCCAAGGGGCGACGGGCCAAGGCCGGAGGGAGCGCCGCCCCCGCCGCCGCCGCUUCCGGCUACUCGGACCUGAACCCCCCGAAAGAAUCGUCCACGUACCAGAUUGAGAAUUUCGCCCAGGCCUUCGGCUCCCAGUUCAAGUCGGGACGCCGCACCCCUCUGAGCUACGGCGGCGACCCCGGCGCCGAGGUGGACCACAGAAUACGGACGCCGGUCUCAGAGUUCUCAGGGUUUACCAGCUUGUUAGCUGACGUCACUGAGCCGGUGAGUACGGGAUCAAAAACCCCGACAAGCCAAAGUUUCAGAUAAGGGUCAAAUGAGGUGAGCCCCGUGGGGAAGGGGAGGGGGGGGGCUGUUUUUGCAUCUCCCUCCCCGUCCACACACACACACACACACACAUAUCCCAAUUUUUUUCUUGUAGCAUUGUUGUUGUUGUUUUUUUUUUUUUUUUCAACACUGCCAUUAAAUGUUCAUGCAAACAUGACCAGGGAGGGUCUUCCAUGGCCUCAAAUGCAAUGUUUUUAAUUCUUAUUUUUAUGAGACAUGAUUUUUGUCGCUUACAUGUUGGGAAAAUGUAGUGGGUUUUUUUGGGGGGGUGGGGCUGGGGAGGGGCGGCAUAAACCGUAGAUUUUAAACGUAAUUUAAAACAUUUUGGAGGGUAGCGAUGAACUUGCAUUUCUUGCUUUGGAAACCCUCGUUUUACCAAUUAUCAACUUUGUAAAGUAAUAAUGUUCAUAAUUACAAAAAGAAAAAAAAACACCACACGCAACACUUGUGGCAGGGAAAGCCCAGAACUCACAUGGCAAAAAAAAAAAAGGAAAAAAAAGUAUAUAUUGUCUGUUACAAGAAACAUGAACUCAGGAAAUAGGCAACCUUGUGCGAUAAGACUUUGUAUGAUGAGAUGCAACGAGCACAGUUUUUCCAGGUGUACUUUGAAACGGCAGAGCUUUGAUUUGUGUCCAUUUUACUCCCGGCGAUCACAUUUUUGGCUCUCCUGCGUGUUUCGGUCCAAAAGAUGGUACUGUUGCGUGUCAAUGUGAAACCAGCAUGCGGAAAGAGCCGCAUUGAGACGUGUGUGUGUGUGUGUGUGUGUAUGUGACUGAAAACACAAAAGCCAGCAAGCAAACCGCAACAGUCGCCUCCCUUUUUUUCUUUUUUCGUCAAUGGAAUCAAACGAGCACUUUUUUUUCCCCCUCCGAACAUAUCAUCAGAAACAAUAACCCGUUGGAUUUUCUUUGACUCUUGGGGUAGAAAGAAAUGGUGCGUAUUUUACAAGGAGAAAACUGUGAACGAGGCUUUUGAGAGGGCGGGCUGAUGAUUUUCAUGGGCAUUGGGUUUUUUUUUUUUGUUGGGGGGUGUGGGGGGUGUCGACUUUCUUGCGGUUUGUCGGGUGAUGUAAAAAUGGAUUUGCCAUAAUUUUGUGAUACAAUAUUUUGAGAGUAGCUCUUUGUAUUUAAGUGUUUCUCCAGAGCUCGGCUGACGUGCUGGAACUUUUCUCUCUCGCUCAGUUUUUUUUUUUUUUUUUUGGUUGUAUUUAUUCUCCACGAGCCGCCACACACCUUUUGUAGCACCGGCGUAGCAGAAGAGUUAAUUUAUCCGACACUCCUUGGGAAUAUGCAUCGGUCCCGAACUCCCGAGAAUGAACAAUGGCCUUCUUUGUCUUCCGCGGUUCAAGCCGUUCUCUCGGUCCCGGCGGCCGGGCUCGAUAUUUCCCGUUUGCAGCAGCCGUACCUCCCCGGCGGUUUUUGUUGAGGCGGAAAAGGACAAAUGAAAAAACUUCCCUCCAAACACACUAUGCUUUGAACGGAAACGGAGAGAAAAGACGAUAAGAUUGACUAAAUAUACCUCAUAUCACUAAAGCGUAAGAAAGCAGGGACGCGCGUUUCAUUGUACGUAGUGGAAAUAUUUGUAGGAUAGCUUGGACAUGUUGUGUCAUCAUUUUUACACUGCCCGUGUUUACAAUGAAAGAGCAAGUGACUUGUCAAAAUGCAAACGGUAUGAUUUCAAAAAAUGUUUUGUCAUUGCUUUUUUGUUGUUGUUGUUGUUGUAAUGUAAAAAGAUCCAUGCCAAGCAGUGUUGCAUUCUAGAUGCCUUGUAGAACUUUUUCUUUCUCUCAUGGUAUAGCCCCCUUAUUUUUGUUACUUGCCAUCACGUGUUUUUGAUAUGAACCCUAGAAGGAUAUUGUUUACAAAAACGUACAAAAACACUAAAAAUGUGUCGGGGUUUUUUUGGUUCGUUUGAUUUAAUUUUUAAAAAAUCAAGUAUGCAUGAUUUUUAUGGCUUUUUUUUUUCGUGACGCUCACCUCAAUACCAAAUGUUGUAGCAGAAGCCUCCCCUUUCCUUUGUCUCAUUAGUACUAGGACCCUCGUGACAUGAUUUCCCGGGCUCGACCUGUUAUUGAGAUGAUGAACGGAUUAGAGAAGCCAAUAAAAACCUUUUUUUGUUACAAAAGGAAAACGUGCUUCUGGUUUUUAAAUGCAAUUUGCCAAGAGUGAUUGAUGUGCCACAAAUAUGUUCCCACCAUGUCUGUCUCACCACAAUAGCCAAUCUCAAAAUACGAAAGUAGUGUUCCGACAAAGUUGAAAAUCAACACUUCUGAGACCGUGUUGGCGUCCUGAUUUUGACCCUGUAGAUUGGCUUGAGGAUUGGAGUCGCGCGCCCUUCUUGGCUGUUUUGGACGUGGACACGGACAUGGGUGAGUGGCAUCAAGAAAAAGGCAUCCGGUGUUUGGGGGAAAAAAAUACAUGUACUAAUAAAUCAUGUGAGUGACUUGCUGUGGGUUACGGAGAAAAAUGCUGAUAUAAAAUGGUCUUUUGUUUUUUAAUCACAGCUAUACCGAUAAACGGCUAACUCAUUUCUUAUAGUUUUUAACCACCUGUGAAACCCCAAUUUUCUGUCCAAGGCAAUGUUUUGCGAACGAGGCCUAACCGUCACGUCUUUUGUGUUCCAGGCUGACAACUCUGCUGCCGCACAAGUCUUUGCAGCAAUGCUCUUUUUCCAGGAUGCGGGAGCCACUCCGCGGCCGUUUGUCGACCGUGACGCAUUUCUAAAGCGCCUGUCCUCAUUCACGCAACACGGUGACGGCGGGGCAAAGCGCUCCAAAUGUCUUCAAGGUAAGAAGAGCGCGUUGGCCUUUGUUUGCUUUUGCGUCGUUUGCUCCUUUCUACUGGCCGCCUGUUGCCAGGAGCGGCAGGCUGAAGGAAGGCCGUGCCCGUUUUUGACUUUGGACUUCCAGUCGCUCGGCGCCGUGACACGGGCUGAUGUUAUUGCAAAUCUAGUGCCGUAAAACAUUUAAGUUGGAGGAAAGCAAAAACGGAGUCUACUGCCGUCACAUGGCAAAUUUGCUUCACGUGAAGCCAACGGU